UUGUAUCGGACAUGAUGAACUCUGAUGUAGAUCCUACAUCGGAUUCGAGAAAACGGCCCCUGGACGGGGAAAUGGACAGUGGUAAUUCCAAAAGGUCAAACCAGGGUGCAGCUGACAAUGUCCAACUUAAGGUGCUUGUUCCAAGUAUUGCAGCUGGUGCCAUCAUUGGCAAGGGGGGAGAAACCAUUGCACAGCUUCAGAAAGAAACUGGAGCCAGGAUAAAGAUGUCCAAAGCCAAUGACUUUUAUCCUGGAACCUGUGAGCGUGUGUGCCUUAUGACGGGUAAUCUGGAGUCUGUGCUGAAUGUCAAUUCUUUUGUCAUGGAUAAAAUUCGAGAAAAGCCAGACCCCAAUCCUAAACCGGUAGAUGGAGAGGUCAAGGUCAAUCUAGAAAGACAUAAACAGGUCAAGAUUCUGGUUCCCAACAGCACAGCUGGCAUGAUCAUAGGAAAAGGUGGGGUCUACAUAAGACAGAUCAAAGAGGAGAGCGGGGCAUACGUACAGAUUUCACAGAAAUCAAAAGAAAUGAAUCUACCUGAACGAUGCAUCACUGUGGCAGGUGAAGCUGAUAAUGACAAAGCAGCUGUCAAAAUGAUCCUUCAGAAGAUAUCAGAAGACCCACAGAGUGGAAGCUGCCCCAAUAUAAGUUACGCUGAUAUAUCCGGACCGGUGGCAAGUUCUAACCCAACAGGGUCUCCAUUUGCGCAUGGCCAGUCAGGCUCCCGCAGUCCCGCUAGUCUUCUCAAUGGCAGCAAUAUCGGGCAGAGUCUCAACAACCUCAAUUUGGGUGGCGGCGGACCUAGCAGUAAUGGCAGUGGCGGCGUUGGGAAUGGCACAGUUGGCGGCCCAGGCGGAACUGGUGGUAACAUGGCAGUGGAGAAUCUUCGAGCUGCAUUGAGAGGUAGUGGCUAUUCUGACCAAGCUGCUGAUGAAAUAAUUGCCGCUCUGACCACCCUGGCUAACUACGGUCUGCUUGGAAUGGGGCUGGGGCUGGGGGGCCUGGCCAAUCUUGCUAGUCUCACACAAAACCUGGGGGGUCUCAUGAAUGCCUCCACCCCUGGGAAUGUCAGUAAUGGUGCCUUUGCCUCUGGGAGUGGGGCCGGGGGUGGGGUGGCCAACCCUGGAAUGAACAGUGCUAAUUCCCUCCUCGGAAUGCCCAAUAAUGGACAGCAGGCAGGGAGUGGAGGAAGUAAUGUGUUUGGGCCUGUGGGUCAAGCCACAGCCGGGUUGAUCAAUUCGGGUAACAACACCUCUGGCAUGUAUGGGAACAGCAGUGGGUUUGGUGCUGAGACCUUGUUCAGCGACUCCUAUGGUGGCAAUGGUAUGAACGGCGGGGCAUUUGGGGCAGGGAAUUAUGCAGGGGGCAUGGCAGCUGGGGCUGCAGGGGAAAAGAAACAUGUCAUGGGAGGGCAGAAUCAGAACUCUUUCGGCCUUGGUACAGGGAUUGGUUCAUUUGUGGGCGGGGAAGGAGGAGGGGCUGGGGAUGCAGAUGGUACGAAAAAGGAGCUUGAAGUUGCCGACACGCUGGUCGGUGUGAUCCUGGGCCCUGGGGGGAGGGGUAUCACAGAGCUUCAGCAAUUUACAGGAGCAAACAUCCAAAUCUCCAAGAAGGGAGUGUUCACCCCUGGUACCCGGAAUCGCAUCGUGUCCGUCACUGGUAACCCCAGUAACGUCAGCCGCGCGGCCCUCAUAAUCCAGCAGCGUAUUAGCCAGGAGGAAGUCAAGCGUGCACGACAGAGUGGCAUGCAGUGAGGGGGAGGGCACCACAGGCACAGUCAUUUCAGCUCAUCAAGAAUAUAUCUUUAUUUGAACUUAUGAUUCCACAUUUGCAUUAUUUCUGUAGAGUUUUACGAAAGCAUUUCAUUUUUUUUUCUUUUUAAACUUUGUCUUAAGACAGAAACAUUCAGACUACAUUGUAACAUUGAUAGCAUUAUCUUUUCAGCUCUUAAUCAGACUGGUAUGUUUUCAUGUCCACUAUUGCCACCUAUUGUCAAUUUCAUUAUCUUAUAUAAUUCAGCCACCAUCAUGUUCAUAUAUUCUAGAGUAAUUGGAAAUAUCACCUCUCUUUGUACUCUCCAUGACAUGUAUGAAUGGUCGGUAUGUCAUCGUGUGCUUCAAUCACCAAAGACUGUAUAUUUUAUGCCACUAUUCAGUUUUCUUUCGACAUGUUUUAAAAGAGAACAACGGCAGCUUCAUUUAACGUCAUGGCGCCUUGAUUGUGCCAGCUUACAUUAACUGUACAUAAAGCCUGCAUACCCGUUCAUGUGUGUAAGAUUUAGUAUAUGUGACAUUCGAUCUUAGAUCUUCGAACUCUGCAUAUUCAAUUCAACAGUUGCCAUACCGCCAUUUUUACUUAAACCAUAUUGGUUUAAUCAAUUUUACUUUGUUUCGUUGUUUUGAAUAGUAUCAGGUGGAUAUCUUAAAAUGGUAUUAAUUUCUGUACUGUGUACUGCAGAGAAAAAGUUUCAGAAUACAGUUCCUAAGCUUAUA